GCCUUCCUUUCGAAUUCAGUGUGCGCCCUUAAUCGGACAGGAUGAACCAUCUACGUGUGGCUUUGGCGAGAAAUCAUCGUUCGUGUGCGGUGCUGAUGAUCGGACGGCAUGGCCCACGGCCCCCCAAUAGCAGCACCAUACUUCCACGUGCCCGACCAUUAUCGAGCCGGUUACUGUCGCAAUCGGUUCGGCUCUGCCAAACAGCCCCAUCCGCUAAGCCAGCACCGCAGAAUGGACGACCGGAUAGCCGCCGUGAUGGGGGAAAGCGCGCGGCUGCUCCGGACAUCAAAAGCCUGCUGGAGGAACUGCGCUCCGAUGCCGUUGUCUACCGGCGAGUGCAGCUCGAGAAAUUGAACCAGGUGUUGGCCAAACCACACGAGAUUCCGCGCGAUUCGUUCGAGUUCCUGCUGGGCUGCUGCGGUACGCUGCUGUGUGCGGAAACACUCGAAACCCGGAUGCGCAUCUUCGAGCAGUUUUGGUUUUAUCUCGGUGAACCCGAGCUACGCCACUGGAAAGUGCUGCUGGAGGUGUACCGUGAAAAUGAGCGGUCGAUUACGGACGUACCGGCCUUCCUGGAAGGGAUGGGGCCGAUCGAGAAGGACACCGAGCUUUACCGGGCACUGCUUGGCGCGCUGGCCGAGAAAGGCGACAUUGCCGAGAUGAAGCAGGUGCGACGCAUGCUGGAGCAGAUGAAGGCACCGCUGACGGUCGAGCUGGUGAACAUGAUGAUACGCGGCAAUGGCCGGGCCGGUGAUCUCGACGGCGUACAGAUGGUGCUCGAGACGAUGAGUGCCAGUAACGUGUCCGCAAACGGUGAAACGUACGGUGAGCUCAUGAUUGCCUUUCUGGAGGGUGGAAUGGCCGAACGGGUGCAAAAGUUGGUCCGUGAGAAAGGCUCCCUUCUUCGGGAGCGACAAACACUCGAGCUGCUUUCGUUGGCGUUUGAAAAACGUCAAGCGGAUUUGGGGCGAUCACUGCUUAAGCUGCUUCCCGAGGAACUGGUUACCGAUGGGCGAAUACAUCCUGCGCUACGGAACGUGCUGAGUGGCCUGGUACGCCACGGACACUACGAGGGAAUGCUGCUGCUACUCGAAGAGCUUCCGGUGCCACAGUUGCGGCCAAACGAGAACAGGGACGCUUACGCGACAUUCCUGAUGGUCGAGCUACUACGGCACGGUGCACCGCUUGAGCAGCUUACGAAACUGCUGGCCAUGCUCGUGCGCACCGAACGCAACCUGCACGCGUAUCACGUGGCGUGUGAAUGUGCUGCCAAGGCGGGCCAUGCGUAUUUUGCACCCCUUCUGAGCGCACUGGCCCCACUGGAGGCACUUCGGCCACACUACUUUUGGCCGCUGUUCUUGCAGCGCGCUCGGGACGACGGUGAAGGCGGAGUGCUGGCGGUAUUGAAGAUGAUGCAGAAGCUGAACGUGGAACCGGAUCAUGAGACGAUCGUUACGUACGUGCUGCCAAAGCUGGCCGUAACACUGAAGGACGCUCGGGGUGCAUUGAAGAUCCUAGAGGAUCGAGGCGUACGGAUGGCCGUGCUAAUGACGCCCUUCAUUUCGCAACUGCUCUACCAGUACCGGUUUGCCGAGGUACUCGACAUCGUGCGCCGAUAUCCGACCAAACUCGACACCGAGCUACUCCUGUGGCCGCUGAUUCUGCAGGCGAACAUUAACCGCUCCUCAAGCCACCAGCGAACGCUGUGUGAGGUGCUGCGCGCCCUCCAGGACAAAGCGGCCGAUCCGAAGCACGACGUCGGUGGUCAACUGCUGCUGGAGGUAAUCAGUAGCAAGAAGUCGAAACACGAUCCCGCCAGCUUGUACGCCCUUCUGAGGGAGUACGAACGGUUCGAGAUCCGCAUUUCGCGGAUGGCCGCCAGUGUGCUGAAGAACCAUUUCGGACGCUCACCCGAACCGGGCGGUGAUGAAUCGGUGGAAGUUUUACUGCGCCGCCUCACUAACGAUCAGUUGACGAUCACUUCCAAGGAACUGUUUGACACCAUUAGCGUGCAUCCGCGCGAUAUGACCUACGACGAGCUUGAGUGCCACCUGGUGGAGUUGGAGCAGAAGAAGCUAAACACACGGGGCGUACUCCGGCGACUGUUGCAGCUGUCCGUGCGCGAGAACCGUCUCGAUCGAGCCCUCGAACUGAAGCAACGGUGCGAUGAAGCGAAGGUGGAGCAAAGCUCCGGCAUGGUGGCUUCCCUGCUCGAGCUCUACACCAAACGGGGCGACGCGGAACGGGCUGGCAAGACACUGGAGCAUCUGCGCCGCCAGUUUCCCGGGUUCGUGAUCGACGAGCACAAAAUUAUCGAUUUCGCAGCGCUGCUUGUAUCGCGCGGACAGUUCGAUGGCGCAAAGAAAGUGCUUCGUGAACGUGCCACCGGCGGAGGCAAGCUGCGAGGGGCCGACGGUGCGUCGAGUAAAAACAUUUGGCAGCUGCUUACGAACACGGCUCAAAAGGCAGCUAGCGGCAGCGGGCCACCCGUAUCACCCAACAUCACCCGGAAGAUGCUCGAUUUUGUUGCCGAACUUGGCUACUGCACGUACGACAACGCACUGCUUGGGCCAGUGCUGCGGGAGUACCUGCUGGCCGGCCACAAGCGCUACGCCAUCGAAGAGUUUCAACGCAUCGCGAAGGAAAAGCGGCGCACUCCGUUGCAGCUAGAAAUCCUCACGCUGCUCGUGGGACUGACGAAUGGGGCCGAUCCGGCGAACGUUCCGGUUGACGAGGCGAAAGCACUGCUCAGCGACACACUGCAGGUUGUGUCACAAAUCCACGGACCGGUCAACACGAACAACACGCUAAUCGUGGCGCUGGCUGAUGCCGGUACCGAGGCCCAGCUACGCCGUAUGCUGAUCAACCCGGAGGUGCGCAUCAACCACGCGUACAUCCUGACACAGUGCGAGUUUCUGGUCGCCAGCGGCAAACUCGACGUUGUGCUACGGUUGGCCAAGUGCAGCAAGGGGUUGGCGAAUGUGCGGGAGAACGACUUCCUGCAGCUCGUGCUGGGACAGUACGUGCGGGAGAACAACUGCGAAGCGGCCGUCCAACUGUUCCAGCGGCUGGUGAACGACGAGGACGAACUCAAGGUGACCGGUGACUUUGCCCGCAAGCUGUCCAAUCUGCUCGAAGCCAACAACUACGAGAUACCGCCGAGCUUACAGCUCUACCUAAAGUAAUGGCUCGCUCCGUUCGUUCCGGUUCCGGUCCGUCACCGGAUAGCUAGUGCGUGUUUGUAAAUAACCGGAAAGUUGAGAAAAUGUUUUGUAACGCUGGAUGAUCAAUAUAAAGCUGGGGUAAAACUUCAACAAUUAGCCCACCAAUUUGUCACACAUAAAUAUAAAUAGAACGGGCGGCGCAGGCCGUCGUUUUCCGGUGAACAUGAUCUACGAUCGGUCGACCGUUCGAUGCUAUUUUUAUGCUGUCGCAGAGGACCCCAAAGGCGGGCGCAUCGAAUGCGCACAAGAGCACGUGAAACUACAAUGUUGUACCUUGUUGUUUUGCACCCGUAUACAUCCGCGUCUCAUUUAGCGUUCAAGCGUAAUUUAAAUGAAGUAACAAUUGUGUUCAUCGGCCAUUCGAUUUUAUAUGUCCACACGGGAGCCGCCUCGUAUUAAUCCACUCCAUCAGAUAGGGAAUCCAAUUUCUUUCUUGAAGCCGUGGUUUAUUGGAAUUGAUGACAAACACAAAUGGGCUCUAACGUUAUUGAAAUAUAUAUAAGUAUAUAUGUAUAAUCGAUAAAUGUAUUCAGAUAUAUCCAGAUAGAGGGUGGCACGUGAGCCUCUGGUAGAGUGUUAUCGUUUUUUUAACUACGAAUAUCGCACAUGCAUGAAAUCUCUGGCAAAACACCAACACGUUACUGUACUCUCCUUCUCAACACUAUCCGGAAGUUCCCUGCCGCGGGACUCUCGGUCGUUCGACCACUGGAAGGGACAGUGUUUUGCAAGGGCGGAAAGAAUCGGUGUUUCACCAAAUGUUCGUUUCUUUGAUAUACUCCAUAGCGCAUUGUGUUUGGUUACUUCUGCUACCGGGUACGAUGCUUUUACUACAAUUCCGUGCCACACACGCUCGUGAGCGAUUCGAUUUUUAGUAAACUAUGUAUACGCGGGACGCACCACGGCCAACAGACGCCGCCUGGGCCGAAGGUUGGCCGAUCGAUGGUUGGCGAGAUGGCAGAAUAACUGUGCUGUGUCCGUGUGUCUGUGUGCAAUAUUCUUUUAGAUUUUUAAAACCAUUUCGGGUUUCCGAAUAAGUUUGCCAACAACAGCAUCCGUUCCGUCCAUUCCGCGGAACAAGCGUAUCGUGUCGAUGGAAAACCAAAUUAAAAGACAAAAAACCAAUCAUCCUAAACACUACCGAACUCGAACACGCAUAUGUCUAAUGUGUAAAGGAUAAAGUCAAUAAAAAAUGGCUAUAAAAUGA